CUCGUCCUCGUCCUCGUCUUCGUCCUCGCCUUCGGCUGCCUACAGGCACCAUCAGCAACUCCUUCAUCAUCAGCGCCAGCGUCUGGAGAACGACAAUAGCAGCAAGGACGCGUACCACCAAGGUUCAGACUUGACAUCCAUGACAACCGACGACGAGACCUCAUCUGCAGCCAGCUUUCGUCAAAGGCCACGCAAAUUGAGUAAAGCAGGAUCUGUACCAUCACCCCUCGGUGAUACAUCGUCGUUUUCUAGCAUCAGGGACGGCACCUCCAACACGCUGUCAGCAUUUUCUUUUCUUUCCUCAGGUGAAAAGGGCACCAGCAGUGCCAACGUACCGGACGUCAAUGGAGUAUCGCCAUCUCAACUCCGCGUCCGACAUCUGGAGCGAGAUUCGGCUUAUGCAGGAUAUCUCACAAAGUUCUCAUCCAGGACCUUUUUCUCCCGCAAACAAUGGAAGCGACGAUAUUUCAUCCUGCACGAACAAUCGCUUUAUUGCUUCAAAUCCUCAGACCCACAACAUCCGCUUCUCGAGUCGCUAGUCCUCUCACCCGAAGCUAUCAUUUGUGUCACGGACAUUUUCUCAGGAAAGCGCUACUGUCUCCAGAUCUCCUGUCCUGGAGAAAAGAGCUGGUACGUGCUUGCAGACACGGCUUCCGAAAUGUCAGGCUGGCUCAAAGAGCUCAAGAAUACAGUGCACCGUGUCCGAAAUCUCCAGACUGACGGACAAGGAACAAUCUAUUCAGGCUUUUCUGAGAUUACGGAAACAUCGGGCACCUCAGCUACUGCGCGAGUACCUUCCGUUCCUGCCAUUCCUAGUCAAUAUGGGCAUAUGCACCGCGACUCAAGAUUUAUGGCCGGCGCGCUAUCUGCGACUUCUAUGCCCCCGCUUCAUGGCCAGACUUCAAGCUACAGUCAACAUCAGGAUAUCGACUUCUACCAGGGACAGGUCACAAGUCUUAAUCCGCCUCCGCGCUCCAUCACCCCAAAGCCAUCAACGCCAACACCCGGAUCUGGACCGCAGCGACCUCAGGGAAGUUCUCAGGGACAUUCAUACGGGACAUCAGCACCAGAGCAACCACAGCAAUUUCUGCAGCCGGAAAUCAAAAGGAGAAGAAACAGCUCGCUCUCAUCCGGUCAGCAUGUGUCGGAUUACGCCAGCUUUGGAUCCGUCAUGGAGCGUGCAGACGCCAUGGCGGACGCACAGAAGGGAGUGCCUUCGUCGUCAUGGACAAUUCCGGCUAAAUCGGAGAGAUCGGACAUCAACUAUGCGACUAUUCCCCGCAGUAAACGAGAGUCGACUAUAUCGACCAUGACUGGCAUGUCCAACAUGUCGUCUUUUCCGAACAACCACAGGACGUCAAUGAUCUCUGAACAAUCGGAAUAUACUGUCUCGCUCCCUCAUCGUAGUGUGCAAAAGCAAGCUGGAAUCUCGCCACGGCCUAUGAGCCCCGUCUCUUCUCGGCCAUUGAGUCCCAGUCUGACGCGAUCGAGCCCCAGGAGCUCCCUAGUCAUUUCGCCUCCUCCUCGGAGCGUUCACCGGCCGGCUAGUGUAUCAAUCAGGCAUUCGACACAGAUUCUUCCGCCACCGCAAAUCCUCACCGCAGGCCUCCCUUCGCAGCAGCCUCUCCCAAGCAGUCCAUUCACAUCAAAUCCGCCGACUUCUAGUUUACCUGCCACACCAGAGUCCGGUGGAGACCAGAGUGCUAAUGGAUCCCUCUCUCGUAUCACGAGCAUCCGUCAUCAGCGGGACCCUGGACUCAACCGGCACAGCAUGAUCAGUGUGGUCUCAACCUCGGCGAAGUCUGUUGGAGGUACAGGAUCGAUCCAGGAACGAGUUCAGCGCAGCUCGUCAAGAACAAAUGCGAUGAGAUCAGGAUUGCCUUCAACUGGCGGCCCUCCGCUGAAACCGGCUACUGCUACAGAUUUGUUGGGCAUGAAUCGACCUCUUUCCCCAACACCUUCCUUGGCAUCAGCACCGACUCUCCCUCUACCAGAACCCCCGCGGACUAGUUCACCAAGUAAAGCAGGCUCUUCACCACGUUCUGUGUCUUCCUCCUCCUCAUCAUCGUCAGCGACCCAACCCACUGAGGCAUCUCGUCGACUUUCUUCUAUACCGCAUCACCAUGAACCCGAUCUUCCUAUUCCCAAUCGCUCCAAGGCUCGCAUACGAUCACAAUCUCAGGAAGCAGCGCUGAUCUCUGCAAAACUGGGCGAUCUUCAAUUAUCUCGUCGAGCGACAACGCCCUCGCCAAGACUCAGUGCGGUGCUGACUUCGAGCAAGGAAAAUACAUCUGCAGGAUCUGGGGAGGAGAACGGCAAGAGCAGCAGCAAAGGCAGCAAAGGCAGCAGCGCUCAUAGCAGACAACUAUCGCUUCCUAUUCACGCCAUGUAUGUGCUGCCUGCUCCUCCCAUUGGUCAAGCACCUGUUCAACCACCAGCAUCAGCCAGCUCUUCUCGUCCCUUAUUGCAGAGGCCAUCCGGAUCCAGCUCAGCACUUCGGCCCAUCUCAUCGUCGAUGAAUAAUGUGGCCUCAUUAGGGGGUGGUAUCGCCAGAAAGUCAUCCACCAGCAAUUCGGCAUCUGGAAGCAAACGGGAUUCGACUUUGAAUACGAGAUUAUCUGCUUUGAUAUCAUUGCCCCCAGGACCUACAACUGCGGUGCCUCUCCCGCCAAAAGCGUCUCUGCCUGCUCCACCUACUUCUGCGCUGCCAAAGAAACCGACCUCCGCGAAUACGUCCAAUACUAAAUCAGGGCCGGCGAACGCACAGACAGGAUUCGGUGCUAUCCUAGAGGAAGAGGAGGACGACGAGGAGGACGACGAUGAGGAUGAUGGUGACGAAGAGUAUGUAUCGCGGCUACAGUUUGAGGAGCUUGAGGCAGCCAGGGCCGCUGCAGAGCAGGGUCUUGAUCCGGACAGUAAUGUCACUACUCCAACCACAGCAGCACCACGAGAGUACUAUGCGACCAAAGAGAGCAAGGUUGUAGAGUACAUCUUCCCUAGCGAGUCCUUUACUGCAUAGACAGGCAAUGCCUUUAUUCUAGCCCUUCCUUGUGUCUUUUGUACUAUCUUCAUCAUGUUCAUCCGCAUUGUUCCUUCUCCAAAUACCAUAAUUAAUAUAAUAAGUUUAACUGCCU